AUGACCUCAAUAGAGGCCACAGAGCCAUUGCUACAACCUUCUGAACCACCACCUCCCCGACCUCCUCCAAGACCAAGCUAUGGCAAGAUUCACGCCAAAUCGCUCCCAGUGAACGUCUAUCCUUCACCACCCCUCAUCCCCCACAACCCCCUCUCGAUAUUCUAUAUCGCCUUCACCUACCUCUACCGACUCCUGGCUCCCCCAUCAUCCCAUCCCAAGAUCCUCUACCACGGUUACUUCUCCCCCGAGACCCGCUCCGUGCAUGUCACAGACGAGACAGCCAUACGAGCGCUAUGGGAAAGUGGUUUCUUCGGCAAAGGUAGCUUGAGCCGAAGUGAGCCUAGCUGGCUGGACCGAGAAAAAAAAAGAAAGGGUCUGAUCGCCAAUGAGACAAGUGAAGAAUUCACGGCUCAGAGGAGAGCGGAGAGGAGGAGGUUCAAGCAAGAGAGAGCGAGAAAGGAGCGUGAGGCUAUUGAGGAGAAGCUGAAAGAAGAAAGGCGGAUCCACAAGAAUGGGCACGUGGCUGAACCAACAGCACGCUCGAGAUAUGAAGACCUCAAUGGCGGACCGGUGGACAGCUUGGCCAAAUCCAUGGAGUCGUUGUUCGAACAGCAACCUCUGAGCCCACCUGUGCCGCCUCCGAUUAUGCUGUCCCUAUCAGACGCUGCAGAUGACAAAGAUACUGGGAAAGAGGACUAUGUUUCGCAAUUUCCCACCGGGCUUGCCACGAGCGACCCUUCAAAGCCCACUGAGCAGGACCUCGAAGCUGAAGCCGCGGCAAUCGAGAACCAAGAACACCUCCAGCUGAACCCGUCGGAAGCCUUCUUCCUCGUUUACGCUCUCGGGAUACUCCAGAUCCGCGCUCAGAAGAUUUCUGCUCCCCUACUUCCAGAGACCCUCUUCACCCUCUUCCGCCGACACAGCUACUUCCCGCCCCGCGAAUGCCAGGAUCUGCAAUCUGACGACCCCUUCCUCCUGCAAUACGUGGUAUACCACCAUUUCCGCUCCUUGGGCUGGGUUGUUCGUCCAGGCAUAAAGUUUGCCGUUGACUGGCUUCUUUACCUGCGGGGGCCUGUGUUCUCGCAUGCUGAAUUCGCGAUUAUUGUAUUGCCGGCCUACACGCACACUUACUGGAGAUCAACACAAGAGUUGCAGAAGUCAACGAUGAAAAAGGAGAGUAAAAGCUGGUGGUGGCUGCACUGCGUCAACCGCGUGCAAAGUCAAGUGCGCAAGAGUUUGGUGAUUUGCUAUGUUGAAGUGCCACCACCCAGGGCUGUCCCAGUCCCGGCCGAAUCAAAGGCAAGCGUCAAGGAAAUCGACAUCGGCCAAGUCCUCAAGCAAUACAAAGUUAGAGAACUGACACUGAAACGAUGGACGCCGAAUAGAGAACGUGACUGA